AUGAAGACCUACCAAGCUACAGAAGUGAAAAAGUUAACUGUUUUAUUAGCCAUCAUAUUUAUAAAGAAAAUCAAUGGUGAAUACAGCCAACAGGAAGAUGAGUUAGAAAAUAGCAGAGGCGGUUUUGUUAAUAACUCCAACAUGCUGCCUGUGAUGGUGGUGGGAGAUAUAGAGGCCACUGCCAUUAGCAUGACCAACACUCCGUCAACACACCCUGCCAUUAACAGGGAAAAUCUAUAUAAAACAACAAACCAUAAGGCAGAUAUUAACGCAGCUGAUGAGGAAGACGAUAACGACAACGAUAAUAAUAUAACACCUCAGGCUUAUAAAUAUUAUAGCAAUCACAAAGAAAAACAUGAAUCUCUCAAACAACUACAUCAUCACAAAAAUCAACAUCAUCAUGGACAGCAGCAGCAAGCGCCUGAAACUAGGCAACAUCGUCAUCAUCAUCAUCAUAAUUCUCAUCACAAACAUCGAUAUCCUGCAACUUAUUACUCUAACAAGUAUCCUUUAGAAAAGCAUAAACAUCAUGUGAAACAUCAUCAGCAUCAUAGGAAAUCACAAAUAAAACAUAAUCCUUCUUUGUCUUCGUAUGAAAACAAACAAUUAUCUAUACCACCGGAAAUACUCGAGCAACCAUCAUCUCUGAGAACUGGAAAUAUUGAUGAUAUUGUAAGCAUACUGCCAGAGGAUUUUAAUUAUCAAAGCGAUGAUAAUUUUGAAAUGCUGUGGCAAAAUGAAAGGGAAAAUGUUAAUGAAAACGACAUCGACAACGAAAAACAAUAUAAAAUUACAACACCAGCAUCAAUGCCUACCAACUAUUAUGAUGCAGCAUCUUUGUCUUUGCCUUUUGUAACAGAUUAUGAGAGUACCACACAAUAUCCUUUUGACAGUGAUGCUCAAACAUUUGCCGAUGACUUCUUUUUUGACAAUGACAACAAAUAUCCCUAUCUAACACACUUGUAUCAUCAAUCUCAUGACCAGCAGCAGCAGCAUCAGCAACAUCACUUACAAUCUCAUGUUCCUGGCGCUCAAACUGGAGAUUAUUUUGCUGCUUCUCCUCGCUCGGGCCGACAUCGUGGCCGUGCCACUUCUCACAUUAUAGCCAGUCAUAAUCUAUUGCACUCGAUGGGUUCGAAAAAGUUUCGUUCUCUACCCGAAACCGAACAGGACUAUCAAAUGCAACGUUUACUUUAUGCCCCUCCCGCUCAAAGACAUUGGCCCGUUAAGCGCGAGGCUGUUGUGGAGGGUGAUGUUAUAUUGGGUGGCCUGAUGAUGGUACAUUCUCGUGAGGAUACCAUUACCUGUGGCCCCAUUAUGCCUCAGGGCGGCAUUCAAGCUCUCGAGGCCAUGUUGUAUACCAUCGAUCGCAUAAAUGAAAUGGGCCUACUGCCCAAUAUUACUUUGGGUGCUCAUAUUUUGGAUGACUGUGAUAAGGAUUCGUAUGGUUUGGAAAUGGCUGUGGAUUUUAUUAAAGGUUCCAUUAGCAAUAUUGAUGACGCAGAAUAUCACUGCAACAAAACAACUGUGCGUAAAGUUAUUUCGGGAGUGGUGGGUGCUGCUUCAUCGGUGACCUCCAUACAGGUGGCGAAUUUAUUGAGAUUGUUUCGCAUACCACAGGUCUCAUUUUUCUCCACCAGUCCGGAGCUAAGCAACAAACAACGUUUUGAAUAUUUUUCACGCACUAUACCCUCGGAUCAUUAUCAAGUUAAAGCCAUGGUGGAGAUAGUCAAACGCAUGGGCUGGAGUUAUGUGUCCAUUAUAUAUGAAGAAAGUAAUUAUGGCAUUAAGGCAUUUGAGGAAUUGGAAGAGCUGUUGGCACGUCAUAGCAUAUGCAUUGCUGUUAAGGAAAAACUUGUUAAGGACUCUGGUGUGGCCGAUGAAAUUGCAUACGAUAGCAUUGUACAAAAGUUACUAACCAAACCACGAGCACGUGGUGCCAUAAUAUUUGGUUCCGAUCAGGAAGUACGUGAAGUAAUGCGUGCCGUGAGACGUAAUAAUGCCACUGGCGCGUUUUCCUGGAUUGGCUCGGAUGGCUGGAGUGCACGUAACUUGGUUUCUGAUGGCAAUGAGCCUGAGGUGGAAGGUACUUUAUCGGUACAACCUCAAGCCAAUCCGGUAAAGGGAUUUGAAGAGUAUUUCCUAAGUUUAACCGUAGAAAAUAAUCAGCGUAAUCCCUGGUUUGUGGAAUUCUGGGAAGAUCACUUUCAGUGUCGUUAUCCGGGCAGCACUAGCACUCCUUACAAUAACUACAAUCGUACUUGCACCACCACUGAACGUUUGUCUCGCGAAGACACCGAUUUUGAGGAUCAACUGCAGUUUGUCAGUGAUGCUGUCAUGGCAUUUGCUUAUGCUUUAAGAGACAUGCAUCGUGAUUUGUGUGGUGGGCAGCCAUCGCUGUGUGAUGCCAUGAAACCAACAAAAGGAGCUGAUUUAUUGAAAUAUUUAAGAAAAGUACAAUUUCAAGGUCUAAGCGGCGAUCAUUUUCGUUUCGAUAGCAAUGGCGAUGGCCCAGCACGUUACAAUAUCAUCCAUUUUAAGCAGUCCAAUGAGGGUCAAUAUCAUUGGAUUAAAGUGGGCGAAUAUUAUGAGGGAGAGUUGAGAUUGAAUAUGUCUGAAGUUCAAUUUAAAUUGUUGCAUCCCAAACCACCUGAGUCCGUGUGCAGUUUGCCUUGUGAACGUGGUCAGGCUAAAAAAUAUGUGGAGGGUGAAAGCUGCUGUUGGCAUUGUUUCAAUUGUUCAACUUAUCAAAUACGCCAUCCAUUAGAUGAGACGCAGUGUAUUAAGUGUGAAUUGGGUACUUUGCCAGAUGCGACAAAACAAUUCUGCCAAACUAUACCUGAAGUGUAUUUACGUCCCGAGUCAGCUUGGGCCAUUGGUGCCAUGUCUUUUAGUGCCACCGGUAUACUGGUGACUUUAUUUAUUGUUGGUGUCUUUGUAAGACACAAUGAUACACCAAUCGUACGUGCAUCCGGCCGAGAACUGAGUUACAUUUUACUGGCUGGUAUUUUAAUGUGUUAUGCGGUUACCUUUGCUCUGGUCUUAAAGCCCACAAAUAUUGUGUGUGCCAUACAAAGAUUUAGCGUUGGCUUCUGCUUUACCGUGGUCUAUGCCGCUCUGCUAACGAAAACCAAUCGCAUAGCACGCAUUUUCAAAGCUGGCAAACAGUCAGCCAAACGACCCUCAUUUAUUAGUCCCAAGUCACAGUUGGUUAUAUGUUCGUUCUUUAUAUCCUUACAGAUAUUAAUUAAUGGUGUUUGGAUGUUAAUAGCUCCGUCACAUGCCAAGCAUUAUCAUCCGACACGCGAAGAUAAUCUGUUGGUGUGUGAUUCUUACAUCGAUGCUUCGUAUGUUAUUGCCUUUUUUUAUCCCAUUGUGCUGAUUGUAGUGUGCACAGUGUAUGCGGUAUUGACACGCAAAAUACCGGAAGCCUUCAAUGAAUCUAAACAUAUCGGAUUUACAAUGUAUACAACAUGUGUCAUUUGGCUGGCAUUUGUGCCAUUGUAUUUUGGUACGGGUAAUCAUGUACCCCUGAGAAUAACAUCAAUGUCGGUGACAAUAAGUCUGUCGGCCAGUGUUACCAUAGCCUGUCUAUUUUCACCCAAGCUGUACAUAAUACUAAUAAGACCGGAGCGUAAUGUAAGGCAAAGUAUGAUGCCACCACGUUAUACCAAUAUGCAUCGUACCGCAAAUACUGGACCAUCGUCCAUGAUGGCAGCAGCAGUGGUGACAGCGGCCACCUGUGCCCAGGAGGAGAAAAUCCAAAAACAUAUCACACCCACCAACACCGAGCACAGUGUACAAAAGAAGAAACUCUGCGAAAUGGCCACGCAAACAAUAACCAUCACCAGCAUAUUUACAAAUUUAGAUAGCAGCACCUACAAUCAAAUACCAUACGCCGAUCAAUAUGUGCCAAAUAAUAAUCACAAUGAGGUCAGUGACAAGGAAAGCCAUCACAAUAGUGUAAAGGUGGGCAUAGGUACUGUCAAUGAAAUGGCUCAAACGGUGGCAAAUAAUAAUAAAAUUAAUCAGCAGCAACAUCACAAUACAAAUCAUGUGAGUGCAACAGCAGCUACUACAACACCUAUAACAUCGAAUAAUAUGAUAAUGUCUGCAACCAUUAAUGGCAUAGUUUGUGCCACCACAACUCCACUAAACAUGAGCAGCUGUAGUAAUCAUAUAUUAGCAACAGCAACAACUACAACAACAAAUGCUGCCACAUGUCAACAUAAUUAUGUUGAUGCAACAACACUGCUGCCACCAUCAACAACUGCUACCAACCCACCAACAACAGCACCAGCAACAACCACUGACUGUACAAUAGCAGCAGCAACAGCACAAUUUGCCACAACUAAAACUAGUUCAUUGAACAAUGAAAAACAUAAAAAAAUCGGCGACUCCAAGUCGACCGAUAAUUUAUUUAAUUCUUCCGUAAGUAGCAGCACCAGUAGCAAUAGCAGCAGUAGUGCUGGCAUAAGUCCAGCAGCUACUAUGGCUACCACUGGUUGCAUUGGUUGUGAUAUUAGCGGUAGCAUAGGCAAUGGCGGUAGUUUAUCAUCGCGCAAUGACUCCACCAAAGGUUCCCAGACUAGUAAUAAUAAUGUAAGUACUUCGGCCCUCAAUUCUUCUUUAAGUCGUGAAAGUAGUACCGGCAAGAAACGUUGUGCUAUACCAGUUUAG